UUUCUUCUGUCUGUGUGCGUGACUGAGCGUAUGUGUGUGUCUGUUGUUCUCUCUUCCUUAGGUUUGGUUUGGUUUGGUUUUUAAAUUCUAACGGUGAACUUUGAACCGAAGGAAGGAAGGACGGACUCCAUUUCUUCCACAAGUUCUCCCCUUUGUCUCUUUCCUUUUCCUUAUUUAUUUAUUCCCCGAAUGCCACUUAUGAGUUUACCCUUCAAAUACCGAAUCCGCUCCUUUCGCUUCUCUCCUUCGUCACCGCCUAUUUCUCUCCCCGAUUCUUUCUCUCUUCAACCCGCCUUCCUCUUUUCUGAUCUUCUCUAAAUCUCCCUUCUCUCUCUCUCUCUCUCUCUCUCUCUCUCUCUCUCUCUCUCUCAAGCGGACUCGCGUUUUUGUGGUUCAACUGUCGUCCUCCGCCGCACAUCCCGACCCAUACUAAUUAAGCACCAUUUCGGUGGAAUUCUUCUCUUCUGCGUUCCAGUUAUGGUGAAACCAAGGGCUUCUUGUGAGCUCUGCCAUGCGGAAGCUGCACUCUACUGCCCCUUCGAUUCCGCCUUCCUUUGCUGGAACUGCGACUCCACCGUCCACCAGGCCAACUUCCUCGUCGCUCGUCACGUUCGUUGCACCCUCUGCUCCCACUGCAAGGGCCUCACCAAUUAUCGCGUCUCCGGCGUUGGAUUCCGCCCUCUCCUCCGUCCAUGCCGCUCGUGCUUGCGCCCGUCUCAAGGUCGCCACCUGGGUUCCCUCUCCUCUUCUUCGUUCUCGGACUGCAUUUCAACCGCCGAGUCCUGCGCCACUUCUCCGAAGAAGGUCGAUGCCGAUCGCCCCAAAGCGGAUAACAACAAAGUCGGUUCUUCAAGCUCCGUCACGGAGUUAUCGGCGAAGCAAUCGAAAUUUUCAAUGAGGUCGUCCGUCGAGGUCUUGACGAGGACGACGGAAACAAAAACCCCAGGGAUAUCGAUGCGAUCGCAGCCUUGUCCGGCCGUGGACUCGAAGGCGGAGGGCAUUUUGGUAAACUGGUGCAGAAAACUAGGGCUUUCCGGAGUCAUCAGCUCGGCCGUGGUGCCGUUCGCCAUCCAGGGUUUAAGGAUUUGCGUAGAUGAAUUAUUCCCGGUUCCGUCCUUCCGCGUGUUGCUAGCGGCGUCGCUCUGGUUCAGCUUGAGAUUGCGGGGGGACCGAUCGCUGUCCACGUGGCAUGCGCUGAAACGCCUGGAGCAGAUCUCGGGCGUGCCAGGCAAGCUGCUGUUGGCUUCGGAGUCGAAGCUCUGGCGAAUGUUCAGACGCCGGAAUAGUGAUAGCCAUCAGCUGGAGGAAGGUUGGGCUGAAUCCUCCGUUUGAGCCAUUGUGGAUUUAAGAUUUUCCCGUUUCCAUAUAUCUGUUUUUUUUUUUUUUUUUAAUAUUUCAUUAUUUCUCUACUCCUGAUGGACGAUUUUUCUUUCUUUCUUUGUUUUUUUUUUUUACAUGAAAAAAAUAAUAUUUUAAUGAUGAGGACUGAGUGAAGGGUGAAGAGUCCAGGGAAACCAAGUCAAUGAUGAGGAUGGGUUCGGUUGUCGUUGGAAGAAUUGAAAUGAACGUAAAAAACGAAGAACUGGGGAAGGUGGGGUGAGUGAUAGAUAUUAGCAGCAGCAACAACUACAACAUAAUAUAAUUAAUAUAUUAAAAAAAUACUAAGAAGGGGAUAUUUUAAGGAAUAUUAGUACUAGAGUAGAGUAGAGUAGAGACUAGAGAGAGAGUAGAGUAGAGUAGGAGAGAAUAGAAUAGCUAGAUGAGAUUGGCUUGGCUGGUUAGUCGGAUUCAAUUUGGAAGCAUCCAAUGCCGAAGAGUCCCAUAAAGAAGAUGAUGGGUGGUUGUUGUGAGAGAGUGAGAUCCUCAGCGUUGGCCGGCCAGCCAGCCACCCAGCAACUGCAACCGCAACCAUUUCAACCACAAGUUUUCUUCCAUUAAAUUAUAUAUAUUAUUACUUUAUUAGUUAUGAUGAUGGAUGGAUGGAUGGUUGCUUCUUUCUAUGCCUUUCUUUCCUUCUUGCCUCCUCCUGUAGUUGUUCCUUUUUUAUUAACAAAAAGAAUUAUUAUUAAAAUAGGAUACGUGACGUGCAUGGUCUUCA